UUGGCCACACUAAAAAGUCAAUCAACAACCCUAGAGCAAAGUCAGUACACAGAAAAUUGACAUUUUUGCUGAAAAAAUCGUGGAAUUUAACGCACAAAACGCGAAUAAAAGUGGCCUGAGCGUAAGGCUCGAUCUGCAGGCGUCGCGAAGACAUUAAGGCACUUGGAUAGCGCUCGGGUUCGUCAGGAAUAACAAGAGGACACCGCUCCGCCCAAAAAGUACCGACUACUGCCAACCAGCCAGCAAAAGGCAGCACCCGCACCACCCUCCGCACCGUCGCUACCGCACAAUCACCAAUCUCACACACAAAGCACUCCACUCUAUCACUAAAAACUAGGCAAACACCAUGCAGGCGAUCAAGUGCGUCGUUGUGGGUGACGGAGCCGUGGGAAAGACAUGCCUGCUCAUCAGCUACACGACCAAUGCCUUUCCGGGCGAGUACAUACCCACCGUCUUUGACAACUACUCGGCCAACGUGAUGGUCGACGCUAAGCCCAUCAAUUUGGGUCUUUGGGAUACAGCCGGUCAGGAGGAUUACGAUCGAUUGCGCCCGCUGUCGUAUCCCCAAACGGAUGUCUUCCUUAUCUGCUUCUCGCUGGUCAACCCGGCCUCGUUUGAGAACGUACGCGCCAAGUGGUAUCCGGAGGUGCGUCAUCACUGUCCCAGCACACCGAUCAUCCUGGUGGGCACCAAGCUGGAUUUGCGCGACGACAAGAACACUAUUGAAAAGCUGCGGGACAAGAAGCUGGCACCCAUCACUUAUCCCCAGGGCUUGGCCAUGGCCAAGGAAAUCGGGGCAGUGAAGUAUUUGGAGUGCUCGGCGUUGACGCAGAAGGGACUGAAGACGGUAUUUGAUGAGGCCAUUCGAUCAGUUUUGUGCCCCGUUCUACAGCCCAAGUCCAAGCGCAAGUGCACCCUGCUCUAAAAGAGAUAAAAAGCAGAUCCUCCCGCUGGAUUCUAAUUAAACGUAAUAUUAUUAACGAUAAACAAUUAUGUAACCUAAGCGUUGGCCAGACGAUCAGAUCCGGGAUCCGAGUCAUUCCGAUCCGAUCCGAUCCGAGCUGAUUCGUAGUUUCUUUGUUACAUUUUGCCACUAAUUUCAGGUGGAUUUUUUUUACAAUCCAUCCAUUUAAAACUCUUGCUUUAUCCUUUCGUUUCCGAGUUCGUUUCAUGUGUUCUAUAAUUCAUAAUCCGAUUUUGUUUCCAUGUGCAUUAAUUUGAACUAAAAGUUGUCGCGCUAUGUUUCUAGGUAAAAUGGAAAGCCCAAUGGGAGAUCUAUAACUGUAAACUCUAACUGUAUUUUGUAUUAUUUAAUAACAUUUUGUAAUUAAAAUUAAUGUUGUAAAACUGAGGUAAAACCAAAAAAAAGAAACA